AUUUUAUUGGUUUGACAAUGGAGUCUGACUCAUAUAAAGAUAAAGAUCCCUUUGAUGCAAGUAUCCAUGACUCCUUUGAAGGGAAUUCUAAAAUCUUGAAUUUCACCAAUAGGUUUGAUACCAUGGAUAACUUUUUGGGUACCACAAAGAAUCUAUUCCUAAUGGAGGAUAGUCAGUUCUAUGGAGACUUACAGAUUUCCAAACCAAAAGAAAACGCAAAGCAACAAGAGGAGAAACUGGAAGAGGCAAAGCAAGAUGAUCCCUGCCAGGGGAUAGAGAAACAACUUGGAGAUAAUUGGUUUAUCAAGGAUACAGGUCUUACUACACCACAAAGAAAGAAGCUUCACAAACAGGAAACUCUGAACUUAAUGAAAUAAGCGGAACCACCUCGCACAUGUGUUUGUUAAGAAUAUGAGUAGCAAGCUAAAUGACCUCAAGGUAUCCCAAUAUGGUAGUGCAAAGAUGAUCGAUAAUGAGCUUGAUAAGUACAGAUAUAUAGUCUACGCUAUAUCUUUCUUAGCAAUCCUGGGAGUAGCUAUCUGUGCAAUCGAGCAAGAACUUUAUAUAAGACAUGGGAAGGGAAAUUAUACAUUAGAUAGAGUACUCCUGCUGUCUUGAAACUUAUUCAUCACCUUUUUGGUAUCAAUACUGACAGCUUUCUCUUAUUAUCAAGGUGUGUUUAUUAAAAGAGCUGAAGGUGUGCUCCUAACUAUCGAUUCAUUACAAAAAGAGCAAUUAAUCUGGCUAAUUUUAGAAAUAAUAUUAAACUUUAUACACCCAAUGCCGUUUUUGUGAAAUACGACUUUUAAUGAGCAAGUGUAUCCCCUAAAUAUUUCACUUCCAAAGAGAGUUGAUACAGUUCUGUUUAUAGCAAUGGUCCAUAUCCGUGCUUACCAUCUAUGUCGUCCAUUCUUACUAUCAUCUGAUUACAUGACCAAUAGAGCUUACAGAGUAUGAAACAUCAGUAGAACAGAUUGAAGCUAUUGGUUUGCAAUCAGGAGUGUUUUUAAAGCUUACACUGCUUCUGUUACUGUCUUGCUCUUCAUCUUUUGCACAAUAUUCUACGGAGCCCUACUAAGGUUUAAUGAAGGCGCAGCUCAUGUUUACAGUGAGAAAGUUCAGAAUUUCAACUGGAGAAAUUCUUUAUGGUGUUCCUACAUCACCAUGACAACAGUUGGUUAUGGAGAUUUCUAUCCGGUUACUUUUUAUGGAUGAUGAUCAGGAGUUCUAUGAAGCUUAGCAGGGAGCUUGAUCCAAUCACUUGCAGUUAUUGCCUUAUUUGAAAUCCUAGACUUCCAGCCAAGUGAAGACUUCUCUUAUAAUUUGCUUAAAUUUUUGGAAAAAUAAAGACAAGCUUUUGUAUAGAGCUACAAGAAUGAUGAUAUCAAUGUUCAGAUUUAAUAAAUACAAGAUUAAAAAAUACUUGGUAAGGUACUCUAAUAGAAGCUGGCUCUUCAGUAAAUCAAGUACUAACCUCAGGAUUUCUUACAUGUCUCGACUUACUAAAGGAGAUUACAUGAGAAGAGAUAUUAAAUCUUUAAAAAGGAAGACUCAAAAUAUCUGCAAGAUGAUCGAAGCCAUCAAGAACCAUGAUGAAAAAUAUACAAAGUUCGAUAAUGAUUUCAUCCCAAGUAGUAGAACUAAGUUGUUGAUUCCUUCAAGUAAAGUCUUCCAAGAGCCUAAAACUCUGGCUCAGCUGCUAGAUAAAGAGGAGGAUUCCUUAGUAGAAAAAUAAGCUCAAUUCGAUCACAGGUAUAAUUUACCAAAAGUUAUAAACUCAGUAAUUAGUGUUAAUCAAUUUCAUCCAUGAAAGCCAGUCAUAAAUUUCACGUGAAUGGUUUAUAUUAUUUCCAAACGUGUCAUACUCUAGCCACAAGUAUCUGUGCUAACAUUCAGCAUAGUUUAGGCAUAUCUCUCUUCUGAUACAUACUUAUGGAGUAUCCUAACUGGAAAUAUUUAUUCUCAAGUUACUUUCUGUCACGGAGCUAAAGUUCCGGACAAUUAACG